AAAAUGUUUACAGGUGACACCCGCGUGGUCAUUCAAAGCUAAUGCUACUUGGCGCAUCCAACGGGAUUUGCAGUUAACGAUGCAGUUUACAAGCCACAUACCGCUGCUCCUUGCGCUUAGUGCCAGCCUUUGCUAUGCGUCGAGCAGCACGUACGAUGGCAAGCCGGGUUGCAAGACGCCGGGUGAAAUCGGUAAUGUGUAUAGAAACUUUUGGGAUCCGAUGCGUUAUUGGCGUUGCAUUGGUUUAGAUUUGGAGCCGCUAGGCGAGAGUUGUCCCGAUGUUACCGCCUUCCAACAGAGUUUGGGUCGUUGCAUUCCGUGGCGAUAUUGGAAAUGGGAGGUGCCAGUGUAUCCGCCUAGUUGUCCCACUGGUGUUAUGUGCAUACAAACGGAGUCACAGCCUUCGUCAUUAUAUCCCCAGCAGUUAUAUCCACAACCAACGCCACAAGCUUUAUCACCAAUAAGUCCGCUUUAUCCAGGAGGACCGCAGCAAAAUCUAGUACCUUCAAGUCCGUUAUAUCCUUAUGCAGCGGCGCAAGCAUUUGUGCCCACAAGUCCAUUAUAUUCUCAAGCGUCGCCGCAAUCCCUAGUGGCAACAAGUCCGUUAUAUUCUCAAGCAUCGCAGCAAUCCCUAGUAUCAACAAGUCCGUUCUCACAACCACAGCUAUCUAUGAAGCCGCACUUUCUAGGUCCACUACCACCGCAGCCGUCACCGUCUCCCCAGAUUGUGCAUCCUGCUCAACCCUCGCAGCCUUUUGCGCAGCCGCCACAGUCUCCUUUGGUCUGGAGUUCGCCACAUCUAUCGCCGCAGUCUCAACAGGUACUGAAUACACCACAUCCAAUGAUUUCACCACGACCACAAUACCCAGGAAUUCCCAACGCUUAAACUGAUCGACUAUCCAGAGGAACUUAGAGAAGAGUUUCAGGGCUUGACUUUUAUAUAAAUAUGUAUUCGUAUUAAUUUUAUUAAAAAGUUAUUACAUUUGGUGCUGGUGAAUUAAA